AUGUGCGGCAAUAACACGUCAACCCCGCUGCCCGGCAUCGUGCCCGCCGCCCAGAAGGCCACCGCUGCGGUGAUUUUCCUGCGUGGAUUGGGAGAUACUAGGCCUGUUAGGCCUGUUACAUUAAAUAUGAACAUGGCUAUGCCUUCAUGGUUUGAUAUUAUUGGGCUUUCACCAGAUUCACAGGGGGAUGAAUCUGGGAUUAAACAGGCAGCAGAAAAAAUAAAAGCUUUGAUUGAUCAAGAAGUGAAGAAUGGCACUCCUUCUAACGGAAUUAUUUUGGGAGGGUUUUCACAGGGUCCUAUCGGUGAUGCUAAUAGAGAUAUUUCUAUUCUUCAGUGCCACGGGGAUUGUGACCCUUUAGUUCCCCUGAUGUUUGGUUCUCUUCUGGUUGAAAAACUUAAAACAUUGGUGAAUCCAGCCAAUGUGACCUUUAAAACCUAUGAAGGUAUGAUCCACAGUUCGUGUCAACAGGAAAUGAUGGAUGUCAAACUAUUAAUUGAUAAACUCCUACCUCUCCAAUUGAUUGACGUCACUAAGAGGCCUUGUGUAGAAGUACACCAGCAUCAUUGUAGUAGAGUAUAA